CAACAGUAUCAUUUUUUUCAUUUCAAGCUGAAGAUUUACAGCCAUACAUCUUUUCAUGCAUAUUAAUGAUUUAAAGAGGAAGGAAGCCAGGCCGCUUUUUAACAGCUUGAUAUAUGUUAAAUACCAAUGUACCAACCACAGAAGACACACUCUGUCUUCAUAGACUACAUCCUCCUUCUUUAAUGUAGACAUGUUUACUGUGAGUUACUGACACACAGUAUUUCUCAUGUAUGUGAUCUAGCUGCUGAUUUAACAGAGACCAGAGGAGCAGCUAUGAGUUUAACAGCAGCAGCGAGUGGAUUUGUUGUCUUCCUUCUCUCUGUACAAGUGAUACAGGGUCAGGAUGACUGGGGGGUAACUUACACCUCUACUCAGAUCUGUGCUGUUAAAGGAUCAACAGUGAACAUACGCUGCAGCUACACAUACCCAUACAGAUGGAAAGGCAGUGUUACUACAGUUGAGAAAACAUUAUGGUUUACUAAAAUGAAUUAUUAUCAACCUGUAGAUCUGACAACAGACUCAGAAUAUUCAGGUCGUGUGCAGUACAGUUAUAAAAACAAGGACUGCACUCUGAGAAUCUCAGACCUGAGAGAGAGAGACUCAGCUGUGUACAAGUUCAUGUUCACAACAAACCAAGAAGGUGGAAGAUAUAUCAGUUCACCUGGAGUCACUUUGUCUGUCACAGCAGGUCUCCAGGUGAUAUCACAUUCUAACUGGCUGGAGUGUCAGAGCAGUUGUCGUCUACCUAAUAAUCCUUCCUAUGUCUGGUACAAGAAUGGACAGGAAAUUCAGACACAAACAUCUUAUUAUUUAAACCCUGUGUAUUAUUCAGACAGCUAUUCCUGUGCUCUUCAAGGAUAUAAGGACUUCCCCUCUCCUUCAGUGUGUGUCCAAGGUGAAUCCUGCAACAGAGUGACGUACACUGACAGAAGCAUCUGUGCCUCCGAAGGCUCUUCAGUGGACAUUUCUUGCACUUACAGCAGUUAUGAAGAUCAAGUUGAAUCAAAACUCUGGUUCCGUCGUGAGCGUAAUCAUCGAGGACAGAAUCCUUCCCAGCCUGAAGACCUUAGUACAGACUCCCAGUAUACAGGUCGUGUUCAUGUAGAAACAGAGAGAGGACGCUCCACUCUGAGAAUCUCUGACCUGAGAGAGAGAGACUCAGCUGAGUAUCACUUCAAAUUCAUAACACCAAGCUUUGAAUGGAGGAGUAGUUUACCUGGAACAACUCUGACUGUCACAGCUCUGCAGGUGCAGGUGAUCAGAGUCUAUCAGUCUCAGACCAAGGCAGAGCUGAAGUGUCACAGCAGCUGCAGUCCAGCUGGUCGUCUCUCCUACGUCUGGUUCAAGAACAGAGAACACAUUACCUGGGUGGAGACAUCUACUUAUACAACCUGGUUUAAUCCCACAGACGUCUUCUCCUGUGCGUUGAAAGGACAUGAGAAGUUCCCCUCUCCUUCAGUGUAUGGUCCAAAGCUUCCCUCUGUGUCAGUGAGUCCCUCUGGUGAGAUAGUGGAGGGCAGUUCAGUGACUCUGACCUGUAGCAGUGAUGCUAACCCAGCAGCUAACUACACCUGGUACAAGGAGAAUGAAGACUCACCAAAAGCAUCAGGACAGAUCUUCACCAUCACUGACUUCAGAGCUGAACACAGUGGGAAUUAUUACUGUGAAGCCCAGAACAGAAGAGGACGUCAGAACUCCACCUUACAUCUGAUUGUUGUAGCAGAUACAUCAACAAUAACACUGAUAACAAACAGCAUCAGGUUGACUCUGGUGGGGGUGGGGGGACUGAUUCCUCUGCUUCUUUUUUGUCGGUGGAUGAGGAAGAAGAAAGCUCUGAGCUCCACCACUGAACCAGAUGAACCCAAAGAGACUGUGGAGACUCUUGUCCUGAGUAUGAGGACAUCUCAGAGACUGCAGCACAGACAGAAGACCCAGAGGAGCAGGAAGACCUGGUGUGAAGUCAAACCAGAGGGAGACUCACAUGGAGGAAAAGAAAAAGAAGUCUUUAACUCCAAAUGUUUUCAUUCUCAGUUUUUUAGAAGCAGCAGGUAGCAGAAGAUUUGAGAAGAAUGCAGCUUUAUUUGUACCUGUGCAGGUACAUAACAUAACUGAACUCAGUUCAGGAUUUGACUUGGUAUGUAAAGUGAUAUUUUAUGUAGUAAAUUACUUUUAAGAAACAUUGUUCACCCUUUCACAUCACACCUGUCCUGGCAGAGAAAGCCAGUAAAGUCCAACUAUUCCACAGCAUGUACAGUAGAUCUUAUAUGGUAUAUUUUUACACAUUGAAAAACAUUAGCUCAGCUCUGCCAAACUUUGCUAGUUGUUCAUUUGUAUUGAAUGAAUUGUAUUGUAGUCUGAACAUCAUGCCAGUUCCCUCUCACUGCUGCAGAGGGAGAUAGUGUGCAGGUGCAAGCUUUUGAUUUCAGCUUUAAACAAACUCUUUUUGUGUUCAUUCUUCAGAAUGAAGUUUUUAUUGAUCAGUAAUGAGUGCAAAUAAAAUUAAAUCAGUUGGUAUGCUCUGACGUAUUUCUCAUGUCCACUUGAUUUGUCUAACUUGAACAGUUAAAGUCUCAUAUUACUUCAUUAAUAUCUAAUGUGUGGUCUACGAAAGACGCAUUACGGGCUUCAUAUCUGCUCAGUUACAGAGUAGGGAGAAAGGGGCUGCCGCACACAAUUGCUGAAGACGUGUGUUUGCCAGCGGCCAAAGAGAUGGUGGAGUGUAUGAUUGGAGAGAAAGAGGCAAAAAAGUUUGACGUGAUUCCUGUGCAAUUUAAUUCAAUGUACUGUCGUUCUAAUUUCCAUAACCGUUGUGUUAUGAUGAUGAUGAUGAUGCUAGCUCCACGGUCAUUUAAUAGGCUUAGCCUAUUGCUGCAAUGUUUCUUUUACGCGGCUGAAAAUAACCGUGCUUUCUGUUACUGAGCCUGUGUCUGUCACUUGUCCUCUUAAAAGUGGAAGCUAUUGGUAGCUUUGUUGCAUUAUAUUGAAACUUUGUUGAUGUUGUUAUUGUCAUGCGUGUUCUGGUUAUUUGCGCAUGAUUAAACAUGAGUCUUUAUAUGGCGAUAAAACAAAGCUU